UUGAAAGAGAAGGAACGUCGCAAGUCUCUUGGGACAAUGUUGGACUCAUCCAGUGAUGGUCAGCCAGUGUUAACGAAUGGUGAUGAGUUUUGGUGUGCGUCUGGUUCGAAUAGUCCGUCGAUCGGAACUGUAGCAUCGAACAGAAGUUUGAGCAGGUCAACAGCGACGGGACAUCCUGAACUCGAUCUGUGCCUCAACCAUCAUUUGAAACGAUGUUGUAAUGCCUUUAAGACGUUGUCCACGCUGUACGGUCCGCUACAAUAUCGAGAGAACGAAAUGCUGACUCGACUAGAGCACGAAGCUGUUAACUUAGAUGAUAUUUUGAGGCUAGCAAAUAGUUUACCGUCUCUUCCAAAUGUCGCUAACGGUAGGUGCCCAAAUAAUAAUCGUGAAUAA